ACGAGUAUGCCCUAUGUGCGGAGUAGACAACGCCGAUCGGAGUCCGGGUCCAAGUCAGUCGAGUUUUGAACACGAACGCGGUCGCAAUGUUCCCGGAGCGCCACGCAAGUCCGCUGAUCCCAUUGGUAAUCGCAGGUGCCCUGCUUUCGAUGUUGUUCGCUCAGGUGAGCGGUUACUCGGGCCUGAUACCGCCGGAUGCAGAUAACCCGGGCAAGUGCAUAUACCGAGGAGACACCCUGGAGCUGGGGAUCAACAAUAACAUAUCGCCCUGCCAGCGGCUGACGUGCAACAAGGAUGGCUCCAUACAGAUCGAGGGAUGUGGAAAGCUGCGCAUCGUGAACUGCAAUCGCGGCGAACGCAUCUUCCCGGGCGAACCCUUCCCGGAAUGUUGCAAACUGAGGUACAGGUGCAAGGAGAUCGGGGUGGCGCCCUACUUUAUCGAGCGGAAUACGGCGGAGAAGGCUUAGGAGGAUUACCCGGGAUAAGCGACCAGGAUAAGCGACCAGGAUAAGCGACCAGGAUAAGCGACCCGCCAAACCCAAGGACGCCUUCAAUUUCUCCUGGAUGCAACAUACAUACAUACUCAUAAUCCCAAAUUUGCUAAUUUAUUUGUUAACUUUUAUUUCUCAAUAGGCAGGAUGAUUUUUUUUUAAAUUAGUGCGUUUUAGUGGAUGGAUUUUUGUCUACAUUUUAGUAAACCUUUGACCAACUUGACUACUUAGCGCCGUUAGUGAAACUAUUUUCGCCGGGCCAAAAGAAAUUGUUUAAUUACUGGGCCAACCCGCUCAUAAACAGCAAUUAAGGCGAAACCCGCCUCCUCGAGUGGUCCUCAAGUGGCAGCAAUACCCGUGGCAGCAGCAGUACACAUAAAAAAAUACUUUGAAUUUGAUCCGGUGCUUCUGUUUUUAUUUGGUUCAAAUAGUGUAAUAUGGCAUUCACAAUACUAAAAUAAACAUACAAAUUAGGGGAAAAUCCUUGCAUAGGUA